AUGAGAAAUGGGACGCUUUAUGAUGUUUUGCAUUCGAGCUCCCGGCCUCCCACUUGGGGAAGAAGGAUAAAAUUAGCUUUACAAACUGCGAAAGCCAUUGAUACUCUCCAUUCCUCAAGUCCUCCGGUAAUUCAUCGUGAUAUCAAGUCGGCCAACGUGCUGAUAGACCGGAAUUUCAAUGCAAGGUUGGGGGAUUUUGGUCUGGCAUUGAGGUGUGUGGAUGAUUAUAGGUUAAGAUCAACUCCCCCAGCAGGGACAAUGGGGUAUUUAGAUCCCUGUUAUGUAACCCCGGAUAAUCUGAGUACUAAAACUGAUGUGUUUAGUUUUGGAAUAUUGCUUUUGGAGAUAAUUAGUGGGAGGAAAGCUAUUGAUAUGGGGCAUUCGCCGCCUUCUGUUGUUGAUUGGGCUAUUCCAUUGAUUAGGAGAGGGAAAUUGUUGGCCACUUAUGAUCCCAGGAUUGAACCACCCAAGUGCGCUUCUGUGAGGAAACAGUUGGCGGUGGUAGCUGCGAAAUGUGUGAGGUCUUGUAGGGAGAAGAGGCCCACAAUGAAGGAGGUAGUAGAGUGUUUGAGUGGGUUAAGUAGGCUGGUUCCAAUCCGUCCAUGGAAUGGAUUUGCUAAUCCCUGUUUGAUGGUUGAUACCAUGGGGAGACCGGUAGAGUCGAGAAGGGUCCACGAGAAUUCGAAGGGAAAGGGGGCCGAAGACCCAAAUUUGGAUGCUGCGGAUGCCAAACUAGGACUACCAUUGAGGAAUUCGCGGAGAAUGUACUCUGACUUGGGGUUUAGGAGCAAUUUGUUGGACUUAAUGGUUGGCCUUGAUGAGGAGUCUGAGUUUCGUGGUGAGAAUGAUGGGAUAGAACCUAAACUGGAAUACAGAUCUGGAUUUCGAAGUAGGAGUUUCAAUGGGCGAAGUAAUAGGUCUAAGGUUCUUGGAUACAGUAAAGGUAGUGUGUCUUGCAUAAAGAGAAAUGACUCUGUUGGAGAGAAUUCUAAUCCAUUCUAUAGAAGAGAUUACAAGAUUUCUGGAUCAAGUUCUGUUUCCAUGGCUGCUGAUCCAAGCUAA